GGAAUCGGGGUGGUUUUGGGGUCUGUGUGUUCUCCCCCCUCCCCUCAAUUUAACCCUUUGUCUUCCAGCCCCCCCCCCUCCCCCCCAGCUUUGGAGCGCGGUGCGGCGUGGGACGGCGAGAGACCCCCAGCCAUGGCGUCUCCUCCGUCCCCCGCCGCCUCCCCGCGGGCCCCGUCGUCGUCCCCCGCCGCUGCCGCCGAGCGCCGUUACCGCUGCGGGGAGUGCGGGCGGAGCUACCGCCACGCCGGCAGCCUGGUCAACCACCGCCGCAGCCACCAAACCGGCCUCUACGGCUGCGCCGCCUGCGGCAAACAGCUCUUCAACCUGGCCGCCCUCACCAGCCACCGCCGGGCGCACCGGCGAGCCCAACGGCCGGCGACGGUGACAGGGGACGCCGGCGCCGUGGGGCCGGCGGCGACUCCGCCGGCCGCCUCGCCCUCCUCGGGCCGGCUCUACAGCUGCGGGGAGUGCGGGCGGCGCUACCGCCACCGGGGCAGCUUGGCCAACCACCGGCACACCCACCGCACCGGCGUCUUCGCCUGUUCCCUCUGCCCCAAACACUUCCCCAACCUCAUGGCCCUGCGCACCCACGCCCGGGGCCACCGCCGGGGACGGCCGCCGCCAUCGCCGCGUGAUGUCACCGUCGUUGCCGCCGAGCGACUGUACCGCUGCGAGGUGUGCGGCAAAACCUACCGGCACUCCGGCAGCCUCAUCAACCACAAACACACCCACCAGACGGGCGAUUUCGGCUGCGGCCUCUGCCCCAAACGCUUCUCCAACCUGGGCGCCCUCAAGGGACACCUGCGGGGACACCGGCGCCGCCGCCACCGCCACCGGCGCCGCAACGGCUGUAGCCCCGAGGUGCCGCCGCCGCCGCUGCCGCCCGCCAUCUACCAGUGCUCGCUCUGCCCCAAGGAAUUCGGCGGCCUCCCGGCGCUACAGGCGCAUUUUCGCCGGCACCGGCGUCCCCGCGGCGCGGCGGACGAGGAGGAGGACGAGGAGGACGAGGAGGACGAGGAGGAAGAAGAGCGUCCCUUCCUCUGCAGCCUGUGCGGCGGCAUCUUCCCCGGCGAGGCCGAGCUGGCGCGGCACCACCGGCAGGAGCACGUGACGGUGCCGCCGGUGCCGCCGCCGCCGCCGGAGGGGUGUUGGGGGGGGGAAGCGUCGGGCGAGGAGCUGUGGCAAAUCUGCGGCUACUGCGGGCGGCCCUUCGGCGACCUGCAGAGCCUGCGGGAGCACAGCCGCGGCCACCGCGCCGAGGAAGCGGCCGCCAUGGCCGACGUGGUGGCCGGGGGCGAGCGCCGACCUUACGCCUGUAGCCUCUGUGGCAAAACCUACCGCCACGGCGGCAGUUUGGUCAACCACCGGCAAACCCACCAAACCGGCGUCUUCCCCUGCGCCGUCUGCGCCCGCCGCUACCCCAACCUCGCCGCCUUCCGCAACCACCUCCGCAACCACCCCCGCUGCAAGGCGGGACCCCCGGCGUCCGCCCCGCCGCCGCGCCAACGCCCGGCCUGCGACGCCUGCGAGGAGGAGGAGGAGGAGGAGGAAGAGGAGGAAGAGGGAGAAGCACCGGAGGCCCGGCCUUUCCGCUGCGAGGUGUGCGGCCGCAGCUACAAGCACGCCGGCAGCCUGGUCAACCACCGGCAGAGCCACACCACCGGCCUCUUCCGCUGCCCCGCCUGCCCCAAGGCCUUCUACAACCUCAUGGCCCUCAAGAACCACCGGCGCACCCACGCCGAGCGCCGCCGGCACCGCUGUGGCCUCUGCCCCAAGGCUUUCCGCCUGCGCCGGCAACUGCUGGGUCACCAACGGCUCCACGCGCCGGCCGACGCCUGUCAACCACAGCCCGGUCAGGGGACGCCGACGCCGAGGGACGCCCCGGAGACGCUGGCGGGGGACGCUUUGGUAUCAUCAACCGCGUUCCGGGCGGAGGAGGUGUCCGUACGACACCGGGACGGGAUGGAGACGGCGUUGGAGGACUCUACGGCACCACCGACCACGUGCCGGGUGGAGGAGAAGGUGGUGGGACACCGGGACGGGACGGGGACAGUGUUGGAGGACUCUACGGCACCACCACCAACGUUCCGGGUGGAGGAGAAGGUGGUGGGACACCGGGAUGGGACAGGGACGGUGUUGGAGGACUCUACGGCACCACCACCAACGUUACGGGAACACCUGGACGGGAUGGAGACGGUGUUGGAGGACUCUACGGCACCACCGACCACGUGCCGGGUGGAGGAGAAGGUGGUGGGACACCGGGAUGGGAUGGGGACGGUGUUGGAGGACUCUACGGCACCACCACCAACGUUAGGGGAACACCAGGACGGGAUGGAGACGGUGUUGGAGGACUCUACGGCACCACCAACCACGUGCCGGGUGGAGGAGAAGGUGGUGGGACACCGGGACGGGAAGGGGACAGUGUUGGAGGACUCUACGGCACCACCACCAACGUUCCGGGUGAAGGAGAAGGUGGUGGGACACCGGGAUGGGACAGGGAUGGUGUUGGAGGACUCUACGGCACCACCACCAACGUUAGGGGAACACCUGGACACGAUGGAGAUGGCGUUGGAGGACUCUACGGCACCACCAACCACGUGCCGGGUGGAGGAGAAGGUGGUGGGACACCGGGACGGGACAGGGACGGUGUUGGAGGACUCUACGGCACCACCACCAACGUUCCGGGCAUCGGAGGGGCCUCCGGGACACCUGGACACCAUGGGGACGGUGUCGGAGGACUCCCUGGUGUCACCAACCGCGUUACGGGAACACCUGGACGGGAUGGAGACGGCGUUGGAGGACUCUACGGCACCACCGACCACGUUCCGGGUGGAGGAGAAGGUGGUGGGACACCGGGAUGGGAUGGGGACGGUGUUGGAGGACUCUACGGCUCCACCACCAACGUUACGGGCACCAAAGGUGUCCGUACAACACCCGGACACCGUGGAGAUGGUGUCGGAGGAAUUCCUGGUGUCACCAACCGCGUUCCGGGCGGAGGAGGUGUCCGUACGACACCCGGACGCUACGGAGAUGGCGUUGGAGGACUCUACGGCACCACCACCAACGUUCCGGGCACCGGAGGGACCUCCGGGACACCGGGACACCACGGAGACGGCGUGGGAGGACUCUCCGGUGUCACCACCAACGUUCCGGGGGGAGGAGAAGGUGGUGGGACACCGCGACGGGCCGGGGACGGCGUUGGAGGACUCUACGGCACCAACAACGUUCCGGGCACCGGAGGCCGACGGGUGACGCCCCCCCUCCCCCCCCCCCCCCCAUUAAAUUUGGGUUGUUUUGGA